AUGAUGAUUCCCGAUCUUCCACUGGAUUUGGUAGAAGAAAUACUCGCUAAAGUUCCAGCCAUAUCUCUGAAACGACUACGAUCUAUUUGCAAACGAUGGAACGCUUUAUUCAAAGACCAAAGAUUCAUCGAGAAGCACUUGCGGUUUCAUGAAGCUACCAAGCAGUUAAACCUUCUCAUGCUGAAGGAAUAUAGGGUUUGUAACGUCAAACUCAAUCUCAACGUUGCUUCUCCAUCUUUAGAAUUUAAGGGUGCACUUGGCCUAAAGAAGGAAAACCAUUCUAAUUCAGAAGAAGUCGAUAUAGUCAAAGUUUCCCACUGCGAUGGUUUGUUGUUAUGCACCACGAAAGACUAUAAAGUCGUGGUUUGGAAUCCGUGUUUAGGAGAGACCAGGUGGAUACAACCAAAAAGUAAAACUAGUUACACGAGUUGCUCUAGGUUUGUUCUUGGAUACCGACACAAAAAAUCUUUCCGUAGCUACAAGAUCUUGAGGUAUUGGACUUCUCUAGACUACCAAAUAAACGAUAGGUAUGAAAUCUUUGAGUUAAGCUCUGAUUCGUGGAGAUUUCUUGAUGAAAUCCCUCUUGACUGCGCCGUUGAGCGACAUUCUUUUUCUGUAAAGGGAAACACUUUCUGGAUUGCUUUUGAUAGGAAAGAAAGAUAUCAAUUCGUACUCAUGUUUUAUUUUACAACCGAGAGAUUCACACGUUUGUCUCUUCCGCCAUUUAUGAGUAUUGCUGCCUGUACCACCGUUCUAUCAGUUGUCAGAGAAGAACAACUCUCAGUGUUACGUAACUCCUCUGCUUCACAAAACUUGGAGAUUUGGGUGACCAAUAAAAUUGAUACGACUGAAGAAGCAUUGUCGUGGAGCAAAUCGUUUACAGUGGAUUUCAAGAACACUCCCUGUGAUUUGAUUAAUUCUUAUUUUGUGAGUUGUUUAAUCAACGAAGAGAAGAAGGUGGUCCUGUGUUGUGGUAUCAGUCGUAAGAGUAGCAUGAAUAUGGUAUACACUAUUGGAGAAGACGGUGGAUAUUACACAGAAACACCUUAUGUUGAUGAACCUACAUACAGUUCGUGUCUUUAUGGAAAUUCAACGAACGUAUGGUGGCCAUUUGUUUUUAAUUAUGUGCCAAGUUUGGUUCACAUAUUUUGA